AUGGAGCACGACACGUUACAACCUAGUGAGGAAGCAAAUCCACUCCCGCGCCUUCCAGCGUGUCGAUUUUGUCACGCACGGAAAGCCAAGUGCGACAACGCGCGCCCGAAAUGCAGCUUGUGUGUCAAACAUGACGAGGAAUGUAUGACGCUGGGACUGGAGAACGAUUCAUUUAGUAGGCAGUACAUUGGAGACCUUGAGCAGGAGAUUGGAGCACUUGAAAGACAAGCGCAGGCGUUUGACGCAGAAAGGCCAAACGCAACACUGCCUCAAGGCACUGAAAGCUCAAUAAAUCCCCGGCAGAGAUCCCGACCAUCAAAUUUGAGAACUGUCAGCCGCCAGGAAGGAAGCCAUUCCCCGAACUUUGUGGAAGGAGGAGGUAUCAGCUUUAUGCGACAUCUGGUAGCAGAUUCCGGAUGGCGUGAACAUGACCCGACUCUGCUUCAGAAUCUGACGAGACAUCCUGGCCCCGCUGAAGCGGGCAUCAAACCGCAUCCUCUUCCCACAGCCACCGAGGGACGGAGGAUUUUUGACAAUUAUUUGAAUGGGUCACAUGUCCAAAAUCCGUUCUUUCUUCGGCGAGAAGUGCAGAAGAUAUGUGACGCCGUGUUUCCAUCGGAACCCAAAGAAAAUGGGAACGAGGGUCAUGAUAAUUCGACCCAAAAUGUCCCUGACCACCAUCUAUUUCGUGCAUUCAUGAUAUUGGCAGUGGGCUCUAUCACGCUCGAUCGCCCAUGCGCUAUACCCGAGAAAUACAUUCGGAUCGGAUUCCCGGCCGAUGCAAACGAUGAGGAAAUAGAGGCUGCGGAUGUAUCCGGGUCAUUUUCCAACUUGGAUUCCUUCUGUGUCGCCUUGUCUAACCGGUCGCCAUCUGCUGGGAACACUGAGAUGUCGGUUUUCUUUGCGUGUCUCCGACUUCGGCAAAUUACAUCCUCCAUUCAUUCAAAGUUUGGCGACAAAGCAACAUCUACAAAAUCACCUCACGACACGACAGCCAGAGGGGCGAUUUACGACGAGCUGGAGCACCUCUUGGGUGAACUUCACCAAUGGCGUGUCACCACUCCUACAUUUGACAACCCCCGAAGCUUGUACGAGAUGCAAGAUUGGUAUGACCUUCUUUACUUUAGGGAGCGGCUUCAGUUAGUGCGGAAGGCAAUCGACUUGGUCCCUAAGCAAAAUGGCAUUCCACCUCGAGACCUUCUAUCCCUAUGUCUGCAAUGCGCAACUGGAGCGAUAGUAGCUUUCUGGAAGCUGUUCGAGCCUAAAAAGAUCACCUUUACGCGGAGCUAUUUUCAAAUGCUCUUCACAGCGGGCCUUUCGAUCAUGUACUGCCUGUCGGUAGUAGGUGACUUUGACCACGCAUCCAUGAGGGCUGGCACUGAGGCCGUGACAACGUGCGAGCUCAUCCUGAAACAAAUGGGCGUAGAUCUGUCGGAUGCAAAGCGUUAUGUCGCAGUCUACGAGGCACUUCGAGGCUAUGUCAUUCGUAAAUACAGUCGCCAUUUGCAGACAGAUCCACAGCAUGGGGACAGCCUUUGUGCUUCGACAUCACACUUCAACCAAUCUUCUUCUAAUGUUGCGGCCUCCCAUGGAGAACGGUGUGAUAAUGAUAUUCCCAGUACCCAGAUACCGUCAAUACGUGGACUUGGCUUUGCGCACAAUCACACACAGCAGCCACUGGGGGAUUUGCCGCUGCUCGACACUCAGCUAGUAGAUCUUCCAGUCUUGCACGACACAGCCGGUUCUCUCUAUAACGAUGCAUCUAUAUCUGAGGGAUCCGUUCUCUCCUGGAAUAUCUUUGGCGAUGAUGCUUUAUGGAAUAUGGAAGCUGGAUUGAACGAAUAUGCGUAUGGUGACCCCCCAGCGACUUUGUAUCUGGAGGAUCCUUUUGACUUGCAAAACAUCUUGUAA